UCCAAUUUGCGCGCGUAAAAGCGAUGUUUGUUGCUUCUCUCGGUGGUGAAUGAACGUACUUUGUACAUAAUUUCUAUCGACCUGUAUUCAAACGGUAUCGGUAAUAUAUUUCUCGUAGUGGCUUGCUUUCUUAUAUUUUAAACUGCAUCAUGUCGGACAAUCCUAGCUCCCCGCCUCCAAACACCCCGAGUGACAUUGAUCGCCGGAAUUUCCGUUCCGGAAUGACCUCGCCGGUCGGGGAUUUUGAACCUUUCGAAAACGAGGAAGAAAUUCUUGGCGAUAUGACAAUUAGGGAGGAUAAUUACGAUGAAGACGAAGAUGGUGAGGAUUUGUUUGGGGACAACAUGGAAAAUGAUUACCGCCCAGUACCACAUCUUGACCGGUACGAUAUUGAUAAUCUUGACCAGGAAAAUUAUAGCGAUAUCUCGCAAACCGAUCGUGCGGCAGCUGAAGCGGAGAUGCGACGUCGCGAUCGCGCUGCUGGUAUCCACCGAGAUGAUCGUGAGCUUUUUUAUGAGAAGAGUGAUGACGAAGAUGAUAUCCCAAGAGCCAAACGGCGUGCAGCAGAAAAGGCUGCUGAAGGUGAGGUAGAAGAUACCGAGAUGAUCGAGUCCAUUGAAAAUUUGGAAGAUACAAAGGGACACAGUAUAAAGGAAUGGGUUUCUAUGUUGGGACCACGUACUGAAAUCGCUAAUCGAUUCAACAGUUUCUUGCGAACCUUUGUCGACAGCAAGGGUCACUACGUGUAUCGAGAUAGGAUUCGGAGGAUGUGCGAGCAGAAUAAGUCUAGCUUUGUUGUAUCGUAUACUGAUUUAGCUAACAAUCAGCAUGUGUUGGCCUAUUUUCUGCCAGAAGCCCCAUUUCAAAUACUUGAAAUAAUGGAUAAAGUUGCCAAGGAAAUGGUUUUAAGCAUUUAUCCUACUUAUGAACGCGUUACCAACGAAGUGCAUGUUCGCAUUUCUGAAUUGCCGUUGGUGGAAGAAUUGCGUACCUUUAGAAAGUUGCAUCUAAAUCAGCUUGUUCGAACGCUUGGAGUGGUAACCGCUACGACAGGUGUGCUACCGCAGUUGUCUGUUAUUAAAUACGACUGCGUCAAGUGUGGUUACAUAUUGGGCCCAUUUGUGCAGAGUCAAAACACUGAAGUCAAACCUGGCUCUUGUCCCGAGUGUCAGAGCUCUGGUCCAUUUUCGAUCAACAUGGAACAAACUUUGUAUCGUAAUUAUCAAAAAAUAACACUUCAGGAAUCACCUGGUCGUAUUCCGGCAGGGCGAAUUCCUCGAAGCAAGGACUGUGUUCUAUUGUCAGAUUUGUGUGACCAGUGCAAACCAGGUGAUGAAAUCGAAGUUACUGGAAUCUACACUAACAAUUACGAUGGAUCGCUUAAUACUGAACAGGGUUUCCCCGUGUUUGCUACAGUCUUAAUAGCUAAUCAUAUGGUAGUGAAAGAUAGCAAGCAGGUAGUGGCUUCACUUACGGAUGAGAAUAUUUCAACUAUUCAGAAGCUGAGUAAAGAUCCACGCAUCAGCGAACGCAUCAUUCAAAGUAUGGCCCCGUCUAUCUAUGGCCAUGAUUACAUCAAGCGCAGUCUAGCACUUUCACUAUUUGGAGGAGAAGCUAAAAAUCACGGCGAAAAACAUAAGCUCCGUGGUGAUAUCAAUAUAUUGCUAUGUGGUGAUCCAGGAACGGCCAAAUCUCAAUUUCUGAAGUACACGGAGAAAAUUGCGCCACGUGCUGUGUUUACUACUGGGCAGGGUGCUUCCGCUGUGGGUUUAACGGCGUAUGUUCGUCGGAAUCCAACCACUCGUGAAUGGACACUGGAAGCAGGUGCGCUGGUGUUAGCGGAUCAAGGCAUAUGUUUGAUUGAUGAAUUCGACAAAAUGAAUGACCAGGAUCGGACAUCUAUUCACGAAGCAAUGGAACAACAAUCAAUUUCAAUUUCCAAAGCCGGUAUUGUCACUUCACUGCAAGCCCGUUGUGCGGUCAUUGCAGCGGCCAAUCCAAUCGGGGGACGUUACGAUCCGAGUAUGACUUUUUCGGAGAACGUUAAUCUGUCGGAGCCUAUCCUAUCCCGUUUUGACAUUCUUUGCGUAGUAAAGGACGAGUUUGACCCAAUGCAAGAUCAGCAGCUGGCUCGAUUCGUUGUUGGUUCACAUAUAAAACACCAUCCAACAAUGGACGAUGUUAUACCGGAAUCACAACCCACCGAUAGCAUGCAGAUACCCCAGGACCUGUUGAAAAUGUACAUCGUUUACUCUAAAGAAAAUGUUCAUCCAAAGCUUACGAACAUGGACCAGGACAAAAUUGCCAAAAUGUACUCUCAACUUCGCCAGGAAUCUCUUUCUACCGGAUCUCUUCCCAUCACUGUUCGUCACAUCGAAAGUGUUAUCCGAAUGUCGGAGGCCCACGCCCGAAUGCAUCUGCGGGACACGGUCCAGGAUGUAGACGUCAACAUGGCAAUCCGUAUGAUGUUGGAAAGUUUUAUCGAAGCGCAGAAAUUCAGCGUCAUGCAGAAAAUGCGCUCCACCUUCCAAAAAUAUCUGUCUUUCCAAAAGGACCAUUCCGAGCUACUGUUCUUCAUCUUGCGACAGUUGACCCUGGAUCAGUUAGCCUACAUAAGAUGCAAAGAGGGAGCACGGGCAACGCACGUAGAAAUUAUGGAGAAAGAUCUCUCCGAACGUGCAAAGGCUAUUGACAUACACAAUCUGAAAGCGUUCUACGACAGUGAAAUAUUCAAGAAGAAUGGUUUCUCGUACGACGCCAAAAGAAAGACAAUUUUGCAAAUUGUGCCAGAAGCUGCCGAGGUUUGAGUUCAAGUAGUUUUAGUUUAUGUUUCACCGUUGCGUACAAUGCUUUUAUUUUUUUAUAAUGAAAUAAAUCU